AUGGGGUGUCCGUUAUGUGGGAAAAAUACAUAUAGCAAGUGGUUGAAGUUCAGUAGAAAACAUGUGUACAUGGGCCAUAGAAAGGGUCUGCCACCAAGUCAUAGUUUUAGAGGCAAGAAGAAAUGGUUUGAUGGAAAAGCUGAACAAGGGAGAAGGGGAAGAAUACUAACUGGUCGUGACAUUUCUCAAAACCUCAGAAAUUUCCACAAUGAUUUCGGAAAUUUCAAAUGUUCUGCAAGUAAGAGAAAAAGGGUUCAGUGUUCUGCUGAUGUAGGCUCAGAUUCUGAGGUUAUACCGAGUGAAUCAGAGGAAGAUGAAGAGGAAGAGGAAGAAGUACUAGUUGAUGAAGAUGAGUUAUCUAGAUGGAAGAAGAGGUCAAUCUUCUUCAAGCUACCUUAUUGGGAGGAACUCCCGGUUAGGCACAACUUAGAUGUAAUCCAUGUGGAGAGAAAUGUUGCUGCGAGUUUAGUUUCGACGUUGUUGCACUAUGGGAAAUCAAAAGAUGGUCUUGCGGCUCGCAAGGAUCUUGAGGACAUGGGUAUUAGGCCGGAGUUGCAUCCUAAAAUCCAGGGUAAACGAACCUAUCUGCCUCCAGCACCGUGGUCUUUGUCUAAAACAGAGAAGAAGAUCUUUUGCCGGCGUCUUUUUGACUUCAAAGGGCCAGAUGGAUAUUGUUCUAACAUAUCAAGAGGUGUUUCAUUAGAUGACUAUAAAGUCAGUGGUCUGAAAUCACAUGACUACCACGUCCUGAUGCAACAACUUCUGCCGAUUGCACUUAAAGGGUUGCUACCUAAAGGACCGAGGCUUGCAAUAUUUAGGUUAUGCGCUUUCUUCAAUCUGCUGUGUCAGAGAGUCAUUGACUGGGAGAAGCUUCUGGUUAUGGAAGCUGAGAUUGUUGAGACUCUGUGCUUGUUUGAAAGAUUUUUUCCUCCAAGUUUGUUUGAUAUCAUGCUCCAUUUGACUGUGCAUCUAGGAAGAGAAGCUCGGCUUGGUGGACCAGUCCACUUUAGAUGGAUGUACCCUUUUGAAAGGUACAUGAAAGUUCUCAAAGACUUUGUGAGAAAUCCUGCAAGGCCCGAGGGAUGCAUUGCUGAGUCCUAUCUAGCCGAGGAAUGUAUCCGGUUUUGCAGUGAGUUCCUGAAGAAGACAACAAAUGUCCAAGAGAAAGUGCCACUUGAUUCAACCGAACAUGAAGAAACACUUAAGUGGAUAGCUUAUGGGCCUCGUUGUUCUGCAAGGUCGUACACAGGAUUCAUAGUUAAUGGACAGAGGUUUCACACAAUAUCAGUUGAUAGGAAAAGUCAGAAUAGUGGGGUUUAUUAUGAGGCUUCAGCAGUUUGUAGAUCGAGUGCCAAAGAUACAUCUCAGGUCGUCGAUUUAGUAUCUUACUAUGGCAGAGUCACAUACAUCAUCUUGAUGGACUAUAAUGUCUUCUAUGUUCCUCUGUUCCGGUGUCAAUGGGCAGUAAAGGGUAAUGGAGUGAAGAUUGAAGAUGGUUUUACACUUGUCAACAUGAAUCAAAGUCAAGCAUCCUUUGCAAGUGACCCGUACAUACUAGCAUCUCAAGCAAAGCAAGUAUUUUACUCUAGGGAAGAUGAGUCAUCAAAUUGGUAUAUUGUCAUGAGAGGUCCUUCUAGAAGAUACAGUAAGGAAGAUAUUCAAGAGGGAAAUGCAGACAUUGGGCCAUUGCCAUCAAAUUUUGACAUGGAUGUCGACAUGGAUGAAGCUGAGAAUGCGAGAACUGAUUGCGAAGGGAUAUAUGUGUGA